UCAGAGAAUAGCCUUGUGCGUGGCUUGCCUGCUUCAAGCCCCUGUCGUCAUAGUGAUCCCAACUGUGCUUUUUUGAUCUGGUCUUCGAGCACAUCUUUUAAAUAUCCACUUUUCUGUUCUAUCAGUUUCCUUCCGAUAUCCCCGAGCAGCAUUCAAAAUGCCUUACAUUGCUCGGAAAGAAAACCUCCCGGAGGAGGUCGUCUCUGGAGGCCUCGUUGACCCCAGAGCAGAAGAACAGGCUUCGUUCAGCACACGCAUGUCAUGUCGGGACGCAACCAAUUUCAUCUCCCAUACCACGUUGGUGUCGCCCUUAGCAAGGAGAGAUUACCGGACUGUCAAGUCCGAGAGCGAAAGCCAAGAUCAACUCGACAAGAUCCUCGCCCACUCAAGAGAAAUCCAGCUGGACUUGUCAAAACAGAAAGCCUGGCAGCCGCUAACCGACCUCGUACCGGGACUGGUGGUUAGCGGGGGUCGAAGUCGCUCGCCUGCUUUCGAUUGUCUGCCGGUCGUCUCGCAUUGGGGAGACCGUACGGAUGAGUCUUCGGCCGAGGACCCUACUGCCACCGUCCGACUUACGUCGACGUGGGGAACCAGCCAUGUGAUCGGAGAAGGCACUACGAUGCAAUGCCCUUUGGGCGCUCCUUGUUGGUCGUUGAAGGCGCAUGGCAUUGGUCCAGUCGAACCGGGGUCCAGCAAAUUUACCCAACGAUAUCUCGCUGAAACCGACACUCUCAUCACAACAGUCAGUCUGUUCCGGCGCCCUGAUACGCCCAAGACCGGAGGCGUUCUGACCGCCGCCGCCAACAUCUCUUGGGGGCGCAACACACGCGUGGCUGAUGCGGUCGACUGUGCCCUUGAGCUCCUUUCCGACGCGGCGCUGCUCUUGGAAGCACGGAACAAGGUGCUCGAGACAGGAGUGCCAGAGCGUCUUUCAUUUGCAGAAGUGCGCGCUGCUACCAUGCCCAGCUGGUGCACAGCCCGCAAGCCUCUCCCUCCCAAGCUGAGUGGCGUGGCCCUCUCGCCGGAUCAAGUCACCACCGACAUCCUCGCCGCUGAAGACUGCGUGGGCCCCUUGCUCAACACGAGUAUCUUCUCCAUGGCCGUAGGCUACAACCGAGGCGUUUACGGCGGGUCAAUCUCAGGCCUGUGGGCAAUCAUGGACUCAGCGUUCGUGCUGGACUACUCGAUCGGCAAGAACAGUCCCGCGAUGGCCGCGAAACUGGCUUCUGCUUUCGCCGACGUGGCCGCCACAGCGGAGGUAUCUGUGUCGGCUGGGCCACACAUCACCGAUAUCCGCGUCGUCAAGGGCUGCAAUUAUGCCUGUCUGCGCCAGAAGACCAUUAUCGAGGACAGCUCGAUGAUUGUCUCGCGCCCGUGCCUCGUAGUCUGGGACGAUCUGGCCCGGCUGGCCCGCUACAAGCUCGCGGACGCCGUCUUCUGUCACGUCUACUACGACGCUGGAGGUGGUGAGCAGAUGUCUGCCAUAGCCGGCCUGGGCUGCGUGGUUCACGACUGGAUUGAUCUGGGUACCGAUCUUGCAUGCGGUGAGGUGAGUAACAUCAUCCCUACGCUGACGCAGGGAUCCCUGGACGAAGCCCCUCUUGCCGAAGUAUACUCGCGCUCAGUGGGCGCGAUGAUCUGGUAUCGCGAUAACGACCCGUACAAUCCGGCUGCCCUCUGCAUCCUCUUCACGCACUGGUGGCAACUCGCCAACUGCCGUCACCGGCCCAUCACCCUCCUUGGUCGGACCGACCUCACCGUCGACACCAUGGCCAUCGGCGCGACGAUUCCCGACGCCAGACCCUCACUGGAGCACUUUCGAGCGUCCGGAACUCCGGUUGAGCGCGGAGAGGGUCCCUUCGCUGCCGCUGAGGCGCGUUUCCAGGCAUUGCUGGCUGCGAACCCGCUGCCAGAGACCCGGCGUGUCGCCGAUCUGCUCGUUCGCCCGGUGCUCGCGUACGUGCGCGGGUCAGACGACCACCUCCCGCUGGAAAGUGAAUUUGUGGGCGCUGUUCUCGCGGCGGAGAUUGCGUAUCCCCAGGACCAGAAGAUCCGGGAGUUGUGGGAUUUGGCGAUUGUGAUGUGGGAGUGCGGGGCGUUGUGGGCAGCUGGCGUCGCCGGUCUUUGCUAUACCCACUCUGGUCAAUCUAACUGCGAUCGGGCUCGAGAGGAUCUGUCGGACACUACCUGGACUUAAGACGGGGGUUGAUCGUGGGUUUUCGUGGUGAAGUGGGCGAUGUCGGUGACAUAUGGGAUAGAAGACACUGUACACAAGCGGUUACGAGAGGGCUGCUUCCACUAAUAAAUCAAUCUUAUUCUCUCUGGUCC